GCGGGACAUGCGCUGUCAUCCUCGGAAAAUGCUAAACUCGCGCACCGGAUACUAAAGACGGCGGUAUUUCCGACAUGUUUGUUUUUGUGAACUGUUGUAGUUUGUCUUUUGGUGAAGAUAACGUCAAAUACGUCCCCCUUUCUCCUCCAGUUGAUAGACAGCAGUACAGUGCGCGUGUUAGAGAUUGUUAACUGAUUUAAACGGUCGGCCGCGAGACCAACCGUUACUAACGGUCGGACAGCAGCGGGACUCACGCGACAGAAAGGCCGACAUGAAGGAGGCGUUGACCCGGGUCCAGACGCUCAGCGCACACCCGGACUCCCGGUGCUGGUUCGUCAGCUGGAACCCGACCGGGACCCUGCUGGCCUCCUGCGGGGGGGACAAGGCCAUCCGGAUCUGGGGGCGAGAGGGGGACUCGUGGGUGUGUCGGAGCGUCCUGCAGGACGGACACCAGCGCACCGUGAGGAAGGUGGCGUGGUCGCCCUGCGGGAACUACCUCGCCUCCGCCAGCUUCGACGCCACCACCUGCAUCUGGAAGAAGAAGAACCACGAGUUUGAGAGUUUUGACGUGCUGGAGGGACAUGAGAACGAGGUGAAGUGCGUGGCGUGGGCGCCGUCGGGGAACCUGCUGGCGACCUGCAGCCGGGACAAGAGCGUCUGGGUGUGGGAAGUGGACGAGGAGGACGAGUACGAGUGUGUUACCGUGGUGAAUUCUCACACACAAGACGUCAAGCACAUCGUGUGGCACCCGACCCGGGAGCUCCUGGCCUCCGCCAGCUACGACAACAACGUGUGCGUCUACGCGGAGGAGGACGACGACUGGGAGUGCCGCGCCACGCUGACGGGACACACGUCCACCGUCUGGAGUCUGGCCUUCGACGCGGCCGGUGAGCGGCUGGCGUCCUGCAGCGACGACCGCACCGUCAAGAUCUGGAGGGAGACGCCCGGGGACAGUGGACAGGGAGACUCGUCGUGGAAGUGUGUUUGCACGCUGUCUGGCUACCACGGACGAACCGUGUACGAUGUCUCCUGGUGUCGGCUGACCGGCGCCCUGGCAACGGCGUGCGGCGACGACGCGGUGCGCGUGUUCACGGAGGACGAGGCGUCCGACCCCGAGCAGCCGGCGUUCUCUCUGGCGGCGCAGGCGACCCGGGCUCACAGCCAGGACGUCAACUGCGUGGCCUGGAGCCCCACGGAGGCGGGACUGCUGGCGUCCUGCAGCGACGACGGAGACGUCACCGUCUGGAGGUUCCACCGGGAACCCUGAACCACGGGUCACCAUGGAAACACCACCACAAGUUACCCUGGAAACGGUU